AUGGGCGCGAGCUGGAGGGAGUUGGGCGAGCUUCGGAUGCAAGUGAGGCGAGCUGGGUUGAGCGAGAAUGGAACUCACUGCGGGUUGGGAACGACAGGGAACGACAGGGACCAAAAGUACGACACGACAAGCUCAACUGAAACGCACGCCUACAUCGAGCGGUUUCGGGAACGAGCUCACGAAACGCUUAUGCGCGACUACUUUGUUGAAAACUCAAAGUUUGGCCCGGUUUGGUUUCGUGAAAUAUUUCGAAUGAGUCAAAGGUUGUUUUUAAAAAUUGUUACUGAAAGUGAGCAACGGUUCGUUUACUUUCAACAACGUCUAGAUCGGUCAGGGAGAAAGAGUUUAGCUGCCAUACAAAAAUGCACAUCCGCGGUGGAACAACUCGGAACGGGCAACCCUCCAGAUAACUUUGAUGACUACUUGUGCAUGGCAGCAAAAACUUAUUGCCAAAGCCUUGAUCAUUUUUGCAGCGCGGUCAUCGAGUUAUAUCGUGACGAGUACUUAUGUAGGCCGACUAGUCAUGAUGUUGCCCGGUUGUACGAAGCGCAUGAACGGAGACACAAGAUUCCGGGAAAUGCUAGGAAGUCUUGA